CAGUAGGUGGCAGAGAUGCACCCCGAGUUAGUUUGCCAACCGCCAGUACAAAAGUAGUAGAAGAAGAACUUCGCUCAUAUAUAAGGUAAUAACAACCUUAUUAUAAGGUCUCUAUUUAAGCAUGUGGGUUGUCUUUUUGGAAACGUAAGUAAAAGAAAGACUCUAGAGAGUUAGCCUGUGAAGAGGGACUUGUUGAACUAUGCCCUGUCGUGUCAUCCGGGUUACACUGCUGUUCUCUGCUGGAAUACUGAUUGAUGUGAUUAAAGGCGAUGGGUUUACUGAAGACAUUAAGCCUCCAGACUGGAGAAAGACCUUAAAAUCCAUCCGGAAUGGGGUUCAUAAAAUAGACAAAUACCUUAAUAUGGCUUUGGAUUUUAUCGGAGGUUCAGACGGACGGUGUAUUUUUAAGUGCAAUGACGGUAAGUUAGGGUACACACCGGUUCCUCGUCCCAAAUACAAAUCACCUCCACCCAACGGAUGCGGCUCCCCUCUGUUUGGAUUUCAGCUUGAUAUUGGGAUCCCAUCUAUGACCAGAUGCUGUAAUGAGCACGAUCUGUGCUAUGAUACUUGUGGGAGAGAGAAAAAUGACUGUGAUGAGCAGUUCCAGGUCUGUCUGGAGUCCAUCUGUAGUAAUUUACAAAUGACACUGGGCUUGUCCCAAAGUGUUCAAGCCUGUGAAUCAGCAGUGACUUUGCUCUUUGAUACGGUCAUGCACGUGGGAUGUAAGCCUUACCUGGAUAGCCAAAGAUCAUCCUGCAUUUGCCACUAUGAAGAGAAGGCUGAUCUGUGAACAGUUAAUAUAUUUAUGUUGAAGUUUGAUUGUGUGUUAUGGUCUCAGGGUACAGCAAGAUGCAAUACAAUUUGUUUCUUUGCUUUGUAUGACACAUCAUUGCAAUGUCAAAGUAAACGUUGCAUUUUUUAAAUUACAAAAGUGAAAUUAUUUAAUAUGAUUAUAAAUAUAUACUGAUGUGCCUUUAUUAUAUAUACACACACACUACAUUAUAUAUAUAUAUAUAUAUAUAUAUCAGAUUGUAAUAUGGGAUAUUAUUGUGAUAUGGGAUAAAAUAAAGAUUUUAAACCCCAAAAAAUUAACAUUGCAUGAAGUGACUUGUGAAAACCUUGAUGAACCUAUCAUCUGAAUCAGCAGACAUACACUGUGUUCCGAAUUAUUAUGCAAGUGACAUCAAUAGGAUUUCGGUACAAUAAAGAGUCAGAUUUUUGUUUGUGUUGUUUUUCACAUCUUUUUUCACAUUUCACAUUAUUACAUAAUUAACCCGGAAUGGCAAAGAAUGGUCAUAGCAAGAAGAGCUUCAACAAAUCAGAAUUUUAAUAUAAAAACCAAUGAGUAAUAGAGUGAGCCAAUGGAUAUAUUAUGCAGUGCACACAGUAUUAUUACAGUAUACAGUAUGUCUUAGGUAUGUCCAGUAACAACUAUCUCACACACAAAAAAGGUUCUAAACUAGUAUAUUUGACAUGAUUUGUAUUCUCUCUCUCUCUCUCUCUCUCUCUCUCUAUAUAUAUAUAUAUUAUUAUUACAUACUCCUGCAUGAAACAAUUUAAGCGGGAAACUAUGCAGGUACUUAUUUAUUGACUGGAAGUUGAUUGGAUUGUCUACACUUUUUUUUACAACAAGGAAUCAUUUCAUAGUAGGGCUGGACAAUAAUUCAAUAUCAAUAUA